GGCGUGGGGAGCAGGGGACCAAAGUCCUGGUGGCCCAGCCCCCUCCGCGCCCUGCAGCCUGCGGCCGGGGGCCCGUGCAGAGAGGGUGACAGGACACCUGCAGAACUGCCAGCAGCCAGCGGGGGGCAUCGCAGCGGGGUGAUGUCCCACCCCCCCAGCCCGGCAUUGGAGCCCAUGUGAGCCAACCCCCCCUCCACUCCUCCUGCCCGAUGGCCAAGCGGCUCCUGGUGACCUACGCCCUGUGGGCGCUGGGGGGCCCCGUCGGGCUGCACCACGUCUACCUGGGCCGGGACAGCCACGCCCUGCUGUGGAUGCUCACGCUGGGGGGCUUCGGGGUGGGCUGGCUCUGGGAGUUCUGGCACCUCCCCGGCUGGGUGGCACGAGCCAAUGACGCUCGGGAGUCGCAGCCCCGCGGCCCGGAGCCCCCGGCCCUCAGCCCCGUGCGCUUCUUCGGCCAGGUCCUGGUGGGGAUCUACUUCGGGCUGGUGGCGCUGAUCGGCCUCUCCUCCCUGGCUGGCUUCUACCUGCUGGCCCUGCCGCUGGCCGUGGGCCUGGGGGUGCACGUGGUGGCCAGCGUGGGCGACCAGACCUCAGAUCUCAGGAGCACCCUGGUGGCGGCCUUCCUCACCUCCCCCGUCUUCUACGGCCGCGCCCUGGCCAUCCUGCCCGUCAGCCUGACGGCCAGCGUGACCGCCCAGCAGUGCCGGCGCUACAAACCCUGCCGGGGCCCCCGCGAGACGCUGCGCGCCCGGCUGUACCACCUGGGCCUGGCCUACCUGGCUUUCACCACCCCGCUGGCCUACUGCGCCUUCUGCAACACAGCCGCCACCGCCCGCUCCCUGGCCGACGCCAUUGGCGCUGCUUUGGGGUGGCUCCGUUUCUUCCCGACCCUGGGCAGCUUCCUGGAGCAGCUCCUCCUCCUGCCCUACCGCGCCUGGAGGCUGCUGACGGAGGGCGCAGGCUUCGGGGCCGGCUCCUUCCAGGAGUGGGAGAAGGUCUAUGAGUUUGUGCAGAGCUUCCAGAGUGAGCGGCAGCAGCUGGCGUACAAGGUCUUGGGCCUCCGGGACGGCGCCCCCGUGGAGGAGAUUCACAAGAGUUACCGGGAGCUGGUGAAACUUUGGCACCCGGAUCACAACCGCCACCGGGCGGAGGAGGCCGAGAGACGGUUCAUCGAGGUGCAGGCCGCCUACGAGAGCCUCAUGCAGUCGAGAAAAGCCAAGCCUGCAUGACGGGCAGCAGCCUUUGUGGGGGAGGCCAAGCUGCCGUGCCCCUCCCACAGCUUUGCAAUAGAGUCCUUGGAGAAUGUGCCUGCUUCCUCCACCCAGCCCCCCAGCACUUCUUGGGGAGGGGCAGGAGAACCGGGAAGUGAAACUCAGCAGGCUGGGUUUGCUCUCACAAGCAGAGUGAAAUGCAAAACAGCGACCCAGGUGCAAAGGGAAACGGUCUGGCUGAGCAGCAGUAACCUCAGCUGUUCCCCUCAAUCCUGACCUUGCGGCAGGGACGGACAGGGCACCGGGCUGGCACAUUGCACAGGGCAGCAAGGGAGAGGCUUUCAGGUGUGCUGCUUUCCCCUUCCUGAGGGGGCAGGUGGCUCUCUGGAUGGCAACUCGUUGCCUGUGAGAAGGGGACUGGCCACCAGCCCUCCUGGGUGCUGUUCCUAGCUCUGCUGCUGAGUCAUCGCGUGACGUGGUGCCAGCCAUGUCUCCUCUCCGUGAGCAAGGGGCCUAGUGCCUGGUCCCCAGGUGGGGUUUGAGGUGACUGGUUUCAAAGUGCUUUGAGAUCCAGGCAUGGAAGGUGGCCGAGAUGGGCUGGGGCUCAUCAGAAACCAGGGACGGGGGACAAAUGAUCAGAAGAGCCUCAAUGAAAUGGCCAAAAGUGCUCAGGACCCUGUCGCUCCCAUUGAGAACAAUGGACGGUGGGUCGGGCCCAGGGCGUGUUAUAA